UAGACUUAUGACGUUAUUUGAUGACGGGCCACCCCUACCCCUCAGCGUCAACGGCUCCACAAUAGUACUCUCGGGGAACGGCACGGCAUUCCUACUCAGCGCUAACGGCACCCUAUCAUCUCUACUAUCAGCCACCAAAGGCGACACCACAUCGCCCACCACCACAACCACCACCACCACACUGGCCCUACCCCCACAGCCCCCUAUGAAACCCGUCGUGUACUCCAAGUGCGACAACUCGCACUGCACGGCGCCUACACCUAACAAACUGAACGUACACCUCGUGCCCCACACACACGACGACGUGGGUUGGCUGAAAACGGUCGACCAGUACUACUACGGCUCGAACAGCGCCCACCAAAAAGCGGGCGUUCAGUACAUCAUCGACUCGAUGGUCCAGUCGUUGCUUAGGAACGAGAGCCGGAGGUUUAUAUACGUGGAAACGGCUUUUUUCUGGAAGUGGUGGAGGGAUCAGGACGAGGAGCACCGGGAGGCGGUCAGGACGCUGGUGAACGGCGGGCGCCUGGAGUUCAUUAAUGGCGGUUGGGUUAUGAAUGACGAGGCGACCGCCCACUACUCCGGUAUUGUCGAUCAGAUGACGUGGGGGCACAGGAGGUUGCAGGAUAAUAUAGGUGGGUGUGGUCAAUGUGUCGUACCCCGGAUCGGGUGGCAAAUCGACCCGUUCGGGCACAGCCGAGAACAGGCCAACCUAUUCGCGCAGUUCGGGUUCGACGGCCUGUUCUUCGCCCGACUCGACUACGAGGACCAGAAGCUCAGGUCCGCCGAAAAGCGGAUGGAGUUUAUAUGGCAGGCGUCCGACGACUUCGGCCGCACGUCCGACAUAUGGGCGCACGCGAUGGCCGGCUCCCUGUACGGACCCCCUACGGGGUUCAACUGGGAUGUGCCCGAUGGUGGGGACGAACCCAUUAUCGAUGAUAGGGAGUCCGAGGAUUAUAACGUGGAUAAGAUUGUCGAUAAGUUCCUCAACUAUAUUAAGCCGUAUGCCGCCAAUUACGCCACUAAUCACCUACUAAUCCCCAUGGGCAUGGACUUCAACUUUCAGUCGGCAAACGCGUGGUUCACAAACAUGGACAAGCUCAUAAAGUUCGUGAACGCCCGACAAGUAAACGGGUCCAACAUCAACGUAUUCUACUCGACCCCCACGUGCUACCUGGCCGCUGUCCACCAGUCCAACCACACACUCACCUACAAGUCGGACGACUUUUUCCCCUACGCCUCGGACGCCCACACCUACUGGUCGGGCUAUUUCACCAGUAGGCCGGCCCUAAAACGCUACGAAAGGGCGAGCAAUAACUUCCUGCAAGCGUGCAAACAGUUGGACGUAUUGGCCCUAUUGGGGGGUCAGUACGACAAGGAGGUGACAGCCCUCCGGGAAUGGCAGGCCGUUAUGCAACACCACGACGCCAUCACCGGUACAGAGAAGCAACACGUGGCCAACAAUUACGCCCUAAAACUCUAUAAGUCGAUCGAGAAGUGCCAGUCCGUGGUGGAGGUGGCCGUCCGGAAGUUGACACUCAAACAGCCGGCGCUCAAAGAUCCCACUAAUUUAGGGGAACUGCUAUUUUGCCAGCAGUUGAAUGUGAGCGCCUGUAUCCACACGGAGGCUAACCAUUCGCUGGCGGUUACGGUGUAUAACCCGUACGGACAGCCAGUGCGACACAUAUUAAGACUGCCGGUGACCCAUAGGAACUAUGCGGUGUCGGACCCCCAGGGAAUGCCUGUCCAGUCAUACGCGUUUCUAAUACCUGCGCCGGUAUUAGCACUGAAGGAACGGGCGUUGAGUCGAGCCGUCGAAGAACUGGUGUUUGAGACUAAACUACCGGCGCUCGGGUUCGCCACAUAUAUACUUAAGUACCAAAACGGUAGCGAAACAAAUAGCACCGGUAGCGUCGCCACUAACUUUACUAGUUUGCCACCAGUCGUACCAGUAUCUCGCAAAGUGGACAAAGAGUUUUCGGUACAAACCAAGAGUUUUAACGUGCAUUUCGAUGGGAACGGUAGCCUAAAGGCUAUACAAAUCCGCGCCACGGGACAGGUGGUAGACGUACGCCAGGACUUUGGUUACUACAGGUCCUUCGUGGGCAAUAACUAUGGCACCAACCGGGCGUCGGGCGCCUACGUGUUCCGGCCCUCAGAACAGGAGGCCGUCCUAUUCGCCCGGAGCAACAUAAUUGCCCACAUCGUCGACACGCCUGUCCUCACGGAAGUCCACCAAAAAGUCGGCGACUGGAUGUCCCAAACGGUGCGCAUCGACCCCCUGUCGGACGCCAUUGAGUAUGACUACCAGUGCGGACCCAUACCCCCGGACGAGGGCAAAGAGGUAGUCAUCCGGUGGUCGACUAACAUGACUACGGGAGGCGUGUUUUACACCGACUCUAACGGGCGACAAAUGAUGCAACGGCGCCGGGACUACAGGCCUACCUAUAACCUGACGGUCACGGAACCGGUGUCCGGGAACUACUACCCCGUGACCUCACGUAUAGCUAUUAGAGACGAUCGAAACGACCUACAGAUGACUGUGUUGAACGACAGGGCACAGGGAGGUACCGGCUAUCGGGAGGGUCAGAUCGAGGUAAUGGUGCACAGGAGGUGUCUAGUAGACGACGGUAUGGGUGUAGUGGAGGCGUUGAACGAGGGAGGGGUCGAUGGGAAGGGACUCGAAAUCAGAGGCAAACUAUGGCUACAGUUGUCGAGCAUAGCCGGUGCCGCCGAACAGCACCGGGAUAUGGCUCAGAGGCUAUACAUGGAGCCGGUGGUGACGUUUAGGCGGUGCUCAUCACUGGACGAGUACGCCAAAGAGCACCGGAUGGAGUACUCGGCCCUACGGGCGCCGUUACCCAAGAACAUACACCUCAUGACUCUGGAGCAGUGGAUGGACACGACUUUCCUGUUACGGUUGGAGCACUUCUACCAGUGGAAUGAGUCCCUAAGCCUGAGCCUACCGGUGCGAGUGGAGCUCCGGGACCUGUUUCGGGCGUUUGUUGUGACGGAGGCACUGGAGACCACACUGAGUGCUACGGAAAAUAUAUUGGCCGCCCGUAGGCUACACUUCUGGGACGCCAACGCUAACAACCGGAAUACCAGUGCCGUAUCGGAUAGGUUUGAGCCCAAACGCCAUGAGCUGAACGGCACCGACCUAUCCGUGACUAUCAAUCCGAUGGAAAUCCGCACGUUUAUCAUUAGGACUAAACCCACGGGUGAU